CGUCUCGGCCAAAGCGAAGCGAGCGUUUAUUAGCUUUAGUGGCGCAGCUAGCUAACAGCUAACGUUAGCCAAACAUGCUGUCCGCCUGCACCCUGGUCACACAGCAGCCUCCGCGAGCCUAGCGCCGUGUAGCGUCGACUUCUCAUCGAAUGGACCUCCGGUGUUAUUAAGCCGAGGAACCGGCCACCACCAGUGGUGUUCCAACGCCGAUGACUUAAACGUGUGCUGGAGAGAAGCUUGGUGAAAGAGGAGGAUGGAUGGAGUCAGCUGGAGCACCACAAUGGCCCCGGAGUCGUUCAGCCGCUCCACGGCUGCAACAGACACCCUAUCCCGGCUCGCCUCAUUCAUCGCACACUCGGAAACUAGGCAGCACCCGCAGACCCAGAGGCAGCGACCCUCUCACCCGCCCGCAUCCGUUUGUCCAGAAUGUGGCAAGGGCUUCCCUUAUGCAACUGAUCUGUUGCACCACCAGGAACUGAAGCACGCGUUACCUAAACCUCACCGGUGUCCCUCCUGUGGGCAGGAGUUCUCCCUGAAGUCGUCCCUGCACCUACACGAGUGCGAUAGUGAUUCCUCCCCGUGUGAACUUUGUCAUGGAGAGUCACAGCUUGGUUCUCCGUGCCCUGCGUGUACGACUGGCAACUCGGAUCCCGACAGGCCGCAGGACAAGUCCCUUCACCGCCAGCCUCACCCCCUGGACAGCAGCCCUUACGCGUGUGCUCCGUGUGGUAAAGGCUUCAGCAUGAAGCAGGCUCUGCUGCAGCAUCAGCAGGCUGGCUGCUGUGAACCACCAUCUUCGUCAGACAUUGUUGAUGCCAGCAGUCUUCCAGAUGAUUCUCCUCCAGUUUCUGAGGGCGACUCGACCCGCUCUGAUUCUUCAGACGCCCCAGGGCCCAGCAGAAGAGCUGUUGGUGUGUGCCAGUUCUGUUCGAGAAGCUUCCGCACAGAGGCUGGACUGCAACGCCACAAACAGACCAGCCAUGCUGAGGAGUGGCUGAGAGCUGCACAGGGGCAAAAGACCAAAGGAGAAUGUACUGGUGGAGAGACGAGGACAGGGGGGGAUACCAAUGUGAACGGAGAUGCAAACACGUGGCCAAAAUCCAAAAAGAAGCCUCUGAACUGUCGCUCUUGUGACAUGGUCUUCAGGAGCACCUCUAAGCUCUAUGUGCACCGAAAAGAGAAGCACAGCAGAGAGAAAAGCAUUAGGAGAGAGCCAAGGCCCAUCAUAAGCAAGCGCAGAAGAGGAGACGGGUAUCCGUGUCAGGUCUGCGGCAAAAUCUUCUUCCAUCAUUUGUCACUUAGGGCUCACUACAGAUGGCACACAUCCUCAAGCGUUGCCACAAUCAAAAACAAAAGUCAGUCUCCAGGAUGCACGGCCAAAGAAGACAAGUUAUCGGAAACUACGCCAAAUAAAGCAAAAGCCUGCCUAGCAGAUAAUAAGACUGUUAGGGCUGGUCGAGGGAGGCCCAGGAAAGUGCCCCGAGUAGAGACCAAGGCGAGUGAUUCAGGGAGAUGCAAAAAAGUGCCUGAGGAGGACGAGAAGGGGGAAGAAGAGGAGGAGGAGGAGGAGGAGGAGAGAGAGUUCCCAUGCCCCUCCUGUGCAGAGGUUUUCUCUCUGCAAUCGCAGCUGAGGGAGCACGUGGAGCUCCACCAGUCAUCCGUGAAGAGGAGGCAGUGCAGUGUGUGCACACACGACAUGGACACCUGUAAAUGGCCGGGCUCAAAGAGGCACAGGCUGUACCACUGCGUUCCCUGUCAGCAGGGCUUCUCGGCAAUGGACUCGUUCCUAGAACACUGUCAGGAGCACCUGCGAGUCCGGGUGGAGGAGGACAGCAUCACAGAGGGCCACACACCGCAGGCCAGCAAAGCCCGAGAUCCAGUUUGAAUCUCAUCAUCGAUAUACCUUAUUUUUUUUUGCCUUGAAGUGAGAGAGUGGAGAAUGACGACGCCUGGGAAAUUCUUGUUGAUCGAUCAGUUAAUUCACUGAGCAUUCAGAACAUUAUGUUUUCAUAUCCACACAGUUGCUCCAAUUGUUUGUUGUCUGAGGGUUUAAUUUAUUCCUUCCAACAUGUCAAGGGUUGAAGAAAAUGCAUUGUUAAAGGACCAGAGAGUUUUUGCAUGUUUUGUUUGGCCUUUAGGAUAGAUCACAUAUACUGCCAUUCAUUUUUCUAAAGGAUACAAUAUUUUUAUAAACUUUACCCUUAAUUCUCUUACCAUACAGUAUUGAGAUCAUUCCGUGUUAGAUCCAUCACGUUGACCAUUUUGUUAGUUAAAGGGGCAAUAAGCGAUUCUAAAGCAAUACAAGUUUUGUAAAAAAUCUACGAAUAUAUUUUCCUCAUGGUCCACUAGCCAGCCCUGGCUCUGUAAAUUGAAAACACAUCAAUGCGAGUGCGGUUUGUAAAAAUCACUCGUCGACACCUUAAGCGAUGUGCUAGCAGAUGGCUUAGUAGUUAGUGCAUCAGUCUCUCAUACCGGAGGUUGUGGGUUCAUGGCCCGGCCAGAGCAGGAAAAUCAUAACAACAACAAUAAAGGCAGAAACAAGCAUUUCCAGAAUCGUUUACUGCUCCUUUAAUGUUUCAUUCCAUCACUGUAUGUAUUCAAACAAGACAAGAAGCUAAUGUUGACAUCUCAUGUGUUUGUGUUUUGCGGUCAUCUCUGAGAUAAACUGAAGUGUCCCACAAGCACCAGUGUGCUCCUACAAUUAACACUUUUCAAUUGAUUCCUGAGAUGGAUUACCUCUGUUUGAAGGUCGUCCACCAGUUGUUUUUUAAACUUUAAUCUCACUUGUGGCAGCCUGAAAAGUCAAAGAAAUCAAGUAACCACUAAUUGCCCUGUAGAUUAAAUGGAAAGUAAAAUUUAGACUAGACGACUGAUCGUGGUAAGAGGGGUGAGGAAAGGAGCCAAAGCACUGCCAGAUAUCUUGUUUGCCAUACUUUUUUUCACAUCGUAAAGGGCGGAGGUUGAACCUGCAAAGUUCGCCAAGUUUGGAACGAUACUGCAGAAGGAGAAAUUUGAAUUGAGCAUAUUUUUAUGUGCUCUUUGGAGAUUCUAACAUGUAGUUAUGAUCUUGUCCUGAUCCAGGUUGUUCAGAUAUGUAGAUCUGAACAACCUGGCUGUCAAUGAUAAUUCUACCUAAAACAAUGCCUUUUAAUAUGGCCUGUCUUUUCAGCUGGCACGAACUCUAUGCAAAAUGACAGACUUGAUGGCAGCCCUUUGGUUUGUAUGUGUGAUGAAUGUGCUUUGUUGAAUGAACAAGGAUCGACAUCAGUUUUUCUUUUGAGCUACAGUUUCCGAAAUGCAACUGUGAAAAUAGAGAAUAGGUUCAUGGGUUUAAAUCUUUCACUUUUUCAAGGUCUUUCUUAAAUGAGUUUAUGGAUCUCUCUAGAUGAAGUUAAUAAAACUCAAACAGUU